UGCCCUUUGAGCCCGGCGGCUCCGUCGCUGGCACAAGCAACCUGGCCGCUGUGGGGGACGAGUCAGGUCGGGCGGGUGGGCAGCAUGCUCCGGCUGCUGGCCUCCCUCUGUGCCCGAGGCCGGGGAGCCGGCGGGGCCACACAACCUGCCGCGGGGCUCUGUGACCACCGCCGCAGCUUCAGCCGCCAGGCCUCCGACACCCCCAGGAACCUGCCCCCCAGCUCUGAAUCCGUGGCCCGACCUGUAGGCGUCUGUUCCAUGAUGCGGCUGCCGGUGCAGACGUCCCCUGAGGGGCUGGAUGCCGCCUUUGUAGGGGUGCCCCUGGACAUUGGAACCUCCAACCGGCCUGGGGCGAGAUUUGGCCCCCGGCGGAUCCGGGAGGAAUCAGUGAUGCUUCGGGCGGUCAACCCCAGCACAGGGGCCCUCCCCUUCCAGUCCCUCACGGUUGCAGACCUAGGCGACGUGAAUGUCAAUCUUUACAACCUCCAAGACAGCUGCCGCCUCAUUCACGAGGCCUACCAGAACAUUGUAGCUGCUGGCUGUGUUCCUCUGACCUUAGGUGGGGAUCACACCAUCACAUACCCUAUAUUGCAAGCCAUGGCAAAAAAGCACGGCCCUGUGGGGCUGCUGCACGUGGACGCUCACAUGGACACGACGGAUAAAGCCCUGGGAGAGAAGAUCUAUCACGGGUCGCCCUUCCGUCGGUGCGUGGACGAGGGACUUCUGGACUGUAAGCGCGUAGUACAGAUUGGCAUCAGGGGCUCUUCCACCACCUUGGAUCCCUGCAGAUACAGCCGGAGCCAGGGCUUCCGGGUGGUGCUGGCUGAAGACUGCUGGAUGAAGUCGCUGGUUCCUCUGAUGGCAGAAGUGAGGCAGCAGAUGGGGGGCAAACCCAUUUAUAUCAGCUUUGAUAUUGACGGCUUGGAUCCCGCCUACGCCCCAGGGACGGGGACACCUGAAAUUGCUGGCCUCACCCCGAGUCAGGCUCUGGAGAUCAUCCGGGGCUGUCAAGGCCUGAACGUGGUGGGCUGUGACCUCGUGGAAGUCUCUCCUCCAUACGAUCCUUUUGGAAACACGGCCCUCCUGGCUGCUAACCUGCUGUUUGAGAUGCUGUGUGUGCUCCCCAAAGUGACAGUCGUCUGAAUCGCGUGCUCUUCAAGACAACGUAACAGUGACAAAUGCUUCAGUGACACAUUCUCAAGAACGUACGAGCAAGCAGUCGGUACUCAGGCGUUUAUGCCGAUGAAACUUCCUGCUAAAGGUGUCACCGGUGGCUGUAAAACCAGGGCAUACAGACCUCUAAUCUGACAGCCGGUAUUACUAGUGUGUGCCGAUUUUCUCCCCUUAAUGCAAGAUGGUGCAGGACAGAGGGGGAAGGGAUGGAGAAUUGAGGUCCAAGCUACCUUAAAACCAGAGGAAUGAAAUAAAAUAAAGACUCUGAGACGAUA